UGGAAAAUCCCAUGGAUGGAGGGGCCUGGUGGGCUGCAGUCCAUGGGGUCGCUAACAGUUGGACAGGACUCAGCGACUUCACUUUCACUUUUCACUUUCCUGCAUUGGAGAAGGAAAUGGCAACCCACUCCAGUGUUCUUGCCUGGAGAAUCCCAGGGACGGGGGAGCCCGGUGGGCUGCCGCCUAUGGGGUCGCACAGAGUCUGACACGACUGAAGCGACUUAGCAGCAGCAGCAGCAGCAUGCUGUUCUUCGUGGAUCAUUUAAGCGCUUCGUUGUUGUUGUUUGAUAGCUAGACUGCUGUGCAGUUCCCUCCUUCAGGCCAACUUUAAAACUUCAUCAGGCAAUAGGUACGAACGCGGCCCCACCCCCACCCUCACCCUAUUCUCCAGCGUAGGCAGCCCCUAUGUGAUGUCACGGUUGCCUCAACGUCAUAACCACGCCCCUGAAUACGUCAUAGUGUCCUGGGCAUUCGAGGCACGUGGUGCCGCUGGACAACCCUGGAAAGUGCGAAGCGAGGGGCGCGCUCUGAGCCGGAAUGGGAGACUGGAAAGGUUACAUCAGUGCAGUGCUUCGGGACCAGCGCAUCGACGACGUGGCCAUCGUGGGCCACUCGGACAAUCGCUGCGUGUGGGCCUCGCGGCCUGGGGGCCUGCUGGCGGCCAUCUCACCGCAGGAGGUGGGUGUGCUCACUGGGCCAGACCGGAGCACUUUCCUGCGGGCGGGGCUGUGCGUGGCGGGCCGCCGUUGCUGCGUCAUCCGAGACCACUUGCUGGCCGAGGGCGACGGAGUGCUGGACGCGCGCACCAAGGGUCUGGACGGGCGUGCCAUCUGCGUGGGCCACACGCCUCGGGCGCUGCUCGUGCUCAUGGGCCGGCGGGGCGUGCACGGGGGCAUUCUCAACAAGACGAUGCACGAGCUGAUCCAUGGGCUGCGCUCGCAGGGCACCUAGCAGGACAGCCGGCCAAUCCAGAAUAAAGUCUGACCUGGGCGUGUUAGAUCACACUCCAGUU